AUGAACAUAGACAAAAAUAAAAGAAAAAAGGCAUUGUUAUUACACUACUCCGGAGAUGACGUAUUUGAAAUAUACGAGACGCUCAACCUUGGAACUACCGACGACAAUUAUACAGAAACAAAAUCUGCGCUUCAUGACUACUUCAUGCCAAAAAAGAAUAAAGAAUUCGAAAGAUUUGAGUUUAGAAAUCUGAAGCAAAAUCAAGGCGAGACAAUAGACAUGUAUGUAACGAAAUUACGACAGAAAGCGGAACAUUGUGAAUUCAUUGAUAAGGAUGGUGAAAUUAAAAGUCAGAUAAUACAAGGGUGCGUAUCAAAGAAAUUAAGAAUUAAGUGCUUAGAAGAAGAAAAGGAAUUGAAAGAUUUCCUAAUUUUAGCAAGAAGUAUGGAAAUGGCGGAAAAACAAGCACAAGCAAUGGACAGACAUGACAGUCUUCCGGUAAACAAAAUUAAGAAACACCCUUCCCAGAGACGAAAGCCUGAAAAUCCUGCUUAUCAGAAAGAAAUACUGAAGUGUAGAAACUGCGGUGGAACUUAUCCACAUGCGCGAAAAUGCCCACCCCUUGGCGCAAAAUGCAACUACUGCCAUAAAAGAAACCAUUUCAUUGGGGUUUGUCGUAAACGGCUGAAGUCAAAAGGACAACUACACGAAAUAUCCGAAAAUAACAAUGGCUAUGAAACCAACAGUGAAGACGAAUCUUGUUCUGAAACGGAUGUGGCUUUUGGACUUAGUGUUGUAAAGAAAAUUUCAAACAACGGACUGGGUUUUAUAGGCUCUUGA